AUGACCAGCGUCUUCCUUGUCUUUCCUUCAUUGCAGGAAAAUGGGCAAAGGAAGUAUGGAGGCCCUCCUCCUGACUGGGAGGGUCCAUCGCCUGAGAGGGGCUGCGAGAUUUUCAUCGGGAAAUUACCACGGGAUCUUUAUGAAGAUGAACUUGUACCGGUUUUGGAAAAGAUUGGAAAAAUAUACGAAUUACGCAUGAUGAUGGACUUUAAUGGCAACAAUAGAGGAUAUGCUUUCGUCCUGUUUACCAAUCGGCAGGAAGCCAGGAAUGCAAUUAAACAACUCAAUAAUUAUGAAAUAAGGAACGGCCGCCUCUUGGGCGUUUGCGCGAGCGUGGACAACUGCCGCCUGUUUGUCGGGGGCAUCCCCAAAACCAAACGGCGGGAUGAAAUCCUGGCUGAAAUGAAGAAGGUGACGGAGGGGGUGAUGGACGUCAUCGUCUACCCCAGCGCAGCGGACAAGGCCAAGAAUAGGGGCUUCGCCUUCGUGGAGUACGACAGUCAUCGAGCCGCGGCGAUGGCCAGGAGAAAAUUACUGCCAGGAAGGAUUCAGUUGUGGGGACAUCCAAUAGCUGUGGAUUGGGCUGAGCCAGAGGUGGAGGUGGAUGAAGAAACAAUGUCAUCAGUCAAAAUUUUAUACGUACGUAAUCUUAUGCUUCCAACCAGCGAAGAAACUAUUGAGACAGAAUUUAAUCGUGUCAAACCAGGCACAGUAGAAAGAGUGAAGAAAAUCCGAGAUUAUGCAUUUGUUCACUUUGUAACUCGAGACGAUGCAGUUAAUGCCAUGAACGUGAUGAAUGGAAAGGUGCUGGACGGUUCCCCGAUCGAGGUGACACUGGCCAAGCCUGUGGACAAGGACAGCUAUGUGCGUUACACCCGGGGAACAGGAGGUCGAGGGGCAAUGCUGCAGGGAGAGUACACCUACGCUUUGGGUCACGUGUACGACCCAGCAGCGGCCUACCUUGGAGCCCCCGUCUUCUACGCACCCCAGGCUUACGCCACCAUCCCCAACCUGCGGUUUGCCAAUAAAGGACAUCUUAGUGGGGGGGGGAUGAUGCGGGCCCCUUCCGUCAGAGAAAUUUACAUGAAUGUACCUGUAGGGGCUGCAGGAAUUAGAGGGCUAGGAGGCCGUGGUUAUUUGGCUUAUACGGGUAUUGGACGUGGUUAUGCAGGUUACCACGUGAAAGUGGACAAGAGACAAGAGGACAAACUUUAUGACCUCUUGCCCGGAAUGGAGCUCACCCCAACCAACCCAGUCACACUAAAAACCCAAGGACUCAAGCACCCGUCUCAGGUCUUGGAAGAUAUUUGUCAAAAAAACAGCUGGGGGCAACCCAUUUACCAGCUCCAUUCUGCAAUUGGACCUGACCAAAGGCAGCUUUUUGUGCACAAGAUCACCAUUCCUGCUCUCGCCAAUCAGUACACAAACAUGCAACCCUUCACACCGCCCAAACUCUGCACGUCCGUGGAAGAAGCCAAAAGCUACGCGGCAGAGCACGUUCUGCAGAUCCUGGGUCUGCAGACAGAGGGCGCCGAGCCGCCAACUCCGGCUUUCACAGGAUACGCUCUGACCAGCACCGCCACUGCGCUGGCCGCCACGCAGCUGAAACAAGCCGUCGCCCUGGGGCAGGACCUUGCCACCUACGCCACCUACGAUGCCUACCCAGCCUUCGCUGUGCCCACCCGCGGCGAUACCUACGGAGCUUUCUGAGACGACGUGGACUCUGAGCAGCAACAUGGCCGACACACGUUAACAGUGCCUGCGCCAACGCCGAUUUUAAACUCGAAACAUAGAAAACAUAGAAACAUGGUGCAGGAGUAGGCCAUUCAGCCCGUCCAGCCAGCACCGCCAUUCAAUAUAAUCAUGGCUAAUCAUCCAGCAUCAGUACCCUGUCCCUGCUUUCUCCCCAUAUCCCUUGCUUCCAUUAGCCCGAAGAGCUAAAUCUAACUCUCUUGAAUGCAUCCAGUGAAUUGGCCUCCACUGCCUUCUGUACCAGAGAAUCCCACAGAUUCACAACUCUCUGGGUGAAAAACCUUUUUUUCUCAUCUCAGUCCUAAAUGGCCUACCCCUUAUUCUUAAACUGUGGCCCCUGGUUCUGGACUCCCCCCCAACAUCGGGAACAAUUUUCCCCGCAUCGAGCCUGUCCAAUCACUUAAGAAUUUUGUAUGUUUCUAUGACGUACCCUCUCAUCCUUCUAACAGCCAAUUGCUUAUAACUUAUAGCCAAACAUAGGAGUAGAUGAACAGUGAUUCUAAUCAUCGAGUGUGGGAGCGUGAUUUCAAUAAUAGCUAGAAUCUAAUUUGAUUGUGUAUGCCUUGCCAGCUAUUAUUAUAUAUGUAUAUACAUAUACAUUAAGGAUGUAUCUUAAGUUAAGAGAACUUUUAAAAUGAAGCAAAAAAAAAAAGCUAUAUAGCCCUUUAAUAUUUUUAUAUUUCUCAGGUAUAAUUUGGCCUUUAUGUUUACAUUGUACUUCAUGCUUAUGCCAUACAGGACACUUGGAUAUUGGAAGAAUAUUUUUUUUUAAGUGUUUUGUGUAAGAUGUGUGCAACUAUUCAGUUAAAAGAAUUAUCCAAUAUUUAGUUUAGUUUAGUCUUCAUCUUAUCGAGCCCACACACAAGAUUAGUUGUUCAGCCAGAGCUCAACACACUUCUCAGCAUCUGCAUACAAUGGUGUCUGUCUUGUCGCUUCUUGUGAGUGGUGGUGGAAAGAUUGGUGGAAACAGGGCCGUGACGUGAACGCUCUUUCCUUGACCCUAGUUUAGUUUAGUUUAAAGAUACAGCACGAAAACAGGCCCUUCGGCCCACAGGAACGAACCCGGGUCUCUGGCGCUGUGAGGCAGCAACUCUACCGCUGCGCCACCAUGCAAAAAAUGUUGGAUCCUGUAUUUACUGAUGGAGUUCAUGUUUACUAAAUUUCAACACAUCUUUUAGGCUGCCUUGUGCCAAGAGGGAACCUCAGCCAAGGUUGAGUCUAACGACAGUGCCAAACAAAAUACUACUGACAUAAGUAGAUAAGUAGAUGCCACGCAAAAUAUUUCUAUGUCCAAGUAUAAAGUGAGUUAUACCUUUCUGGCAUACAUAACAGGGAGAAGUAGUUCUUUAAAAAAAAAAUAGCUUCAACAUACAGCUGCUGUGUAUUAUUAUCUGAAUAAAUUUGAGACUGAAGUUGAGUUUUGUUCAAUAUUGGCCGCCUUAGCGUUUUAAAGAUAGCCAGUCCCUUUCUUUUCUAUGUAGGGUAGAACUGCAGAUGCUGCUUUAAACUGAAGACAGACACAAAAGUCUGGAGUAACUCAACAGUUCAGGCAUCAUCAUUGGAGAAAAGGAAUAGGUGACGUUUCGGGUCGGGACCCUUCCUCGGACUGAGAGUCAGGGGAGAGGGGAACGAACGAGAGAUUAUAGACAGUACUUAGGAGAAAUUAAUGGAAGGCGUAAAAAAAGCAACGAUAAUCUAGGAAAUGUUGCUUUGGUCAUUUUUUUUUUGUUUUCGUUUGGAACAAAACUAUUGUGUUUAGAAGAGCAUUAACAGUGUACCUGAGCUCGAUAAGAUAUUCCACGGAAGGUGUCAAAGCGGAAAAACAGCGGUAACAGUAUUAAAGGCGCCCCUGUGCGCUCAAAAAACUAUUUUUGUAUCAGUUGUCAAAAUAUCAAUGUUUGUACAGAACGUAAUAUUUUCUUUCAGAUAUUGAAAUGGUCAUUAAGAAAAUUUACCGAUCAUUAAAGAGGCUGUUAUCAUUGGAAAAUUGCUUAGUAAUAAAUAUAUACAAAAUCAGCACCACAGAAAUAUUGCUUAGUAAUAAAUAUAUACAAAAUCGGCACCACAGAAUUAUAACAAUGCUACUUUAUGUCAGUUUAAGUUAUAAAAGGAAUAUUGUGAAGCCAUAGAGUGUUUACUUGCAUUUUAAUUCCUCUUUGUCCAGUUCCCAUCAAAGUGAUAUAAAACCUGUGUCUCAAAUGAUACCACAUUUUUGGGGGAUCUAUCAGUGAGUGUGACACAUUUAAUUAAAGAUAUCUUCAUUAUUAA